AUGGAAGAAUCAAAGGCGAAUCAGUUCAACACUAAAACCCCAAGGCUAAUGCGUCAAUAUUCCCCAAGUCUUCCAGCGUCACAGGUUGAACCGUUUGUUUUCAAGAUCAUGGUCCGUCGUUUGUUUUGGGGGUUUGGGUUUGAGAGCCGCGAAAUCAUAUGCAAACGCCAAGGAAUCUGGUCAACCAUUGCAAUUGGAGUGCUCAACCUCGAAGAUAUCUUCAAACAAGCGGAAGGAGUAAGAGAACUUUGCCAACAUGGAACAGCGAACUCGAUCCAAAUCCUUAUCAUCCGGCAUAGAAUAUCUAGUCAGGAACCGGAUCUUAACUGGCUGGGAGGAUCACCCAGCUACCAAAGUUCGUCUUAG